AUUAUGUUUUGUUUUGUUUUGGUGUUUUUUGGUACUGCAAAUAUUUCCUAAUUAAAAGACCAAUAAUUACUAAGUAUUAAAAAUAUUUGCAACGUUAAAAUGGAGACAAGAAAUAGUACAAUAUAUGGACAGUGCCGGUUUUGCCUAUUAAACGGCCACCAUAAAGACUUAAUGAAGGAGUACUUUGUGAACGGCACAAGAGAAGUUUAUAUUGAUAUCAUUAUGGAAUGCUUUAAUUUAUACUUGUCCACAAACAACGGUCUAAGCACCCUGAUAUGCUGGUCGUGCGUUGGUCGUCUGCGCGAGGCACACAGCUUCCGAGCGCUGGUGGCGCGCUCCGAGCAGCAGCUGUUGGCUACUCUCACCGAGAAGGACACAGUUUUUAUCAAUGUGGGUGACAUCAGCAGUCUGGAAGUCAAGUCGGAGCAGCCAGUGGUCAAGCAGGAACCGACGGAGGAUUCUGCAGACAACUACACAUUCUAUGACGAGCCUGUUGAAAUUGACCCAGAGCAUACAGAUGAAGAAAUAGAAGACUUAAUAGACCGCGAAGCUGCGCUCCUGGCGCGGUUCGCUCAUAGCAAGUACCGACUGCCAACGAGGCAGAGCCUGUACUCCACGGGGUGUCAAGGAUACGCUGCACAUCUGGACAUUCUGAGGAGUAAACUGAUUGUCCCAAAAACCAUAGAAGCGUUGCUCCAAGAGGAACAGGAGAAAACGAGCGUUAAAAUCUACAUCACGGAGAAAGUGGCUCACAUCAAGAACUCUUCCAUCAUUCUAGAACAUUCGAACGCCACGCCCUUCAAAAGCAAAAACAAAUCCGGCUUCCCUUGCUUCUAUUGCCGAAACAUUUUCGAAAAUUUGGAAAAACUAAAGGAACAUCAGAAAAAAACGCACAAAAAAUCGGAAAUAAAAAAAAUUCUAGCAACAUUCGGUGCUGAAAGUCUAAUAGUAUACGUUGAUAUAACGGAUUUGGAAUGCACCAUUUGCAGUCUACCCAUACAAAGUAUAAAUGAACUGAAAUCGCAUUUAACUAAGGUUCAUAACAAAAAAUUCCACACAGAAUACCCGGAUAGGGUCAUACCGUUUAAAUUAUCUAAUAAUAACGUGUUUGAGUGUCAAGUUUGUGGGUUCAACUUUGAGACUUUCGGUUCAAUUGAGAGACAUAUGAAUGUACAUUACAGAAAUUGUGUUUGUAGACAGUGUGGGACGGGUUUUGUUACUAAAUAUCGGUUGAAAGUUCAUAUUAAAAGUAUGCAUGUAGGCGGUAACUUCCCAUGUGAUAUAUGUAAAAAGGUUUACACAACUCAGCAGAAACAUAAGAACCAUGUGGACACUGUCCAUAAAAUGGUUAAAAGGUUCAAAUGCCCGAAGUGUCCAGAACGUUUUACGGAAUAUUUUCGUAGACAGAAGCAUUUAGUUGAAAUCCAUGGAGUUGCACCUUUGAGAUAUAAAUGUAAUGUCUGUGAUAAGGCGUUUGAAAGGAGAUAUACAUUAUCCAGGCAUAUGAAAAGAGAUCAUUUGGAAGAAAGGGACUUCCAAUGUCAGUUGUGUGCAUAUAAAUGUUUCACUAAUGUGGAGUUAAGGGUGCAUAUGGUAAAACAUAAUGGGGAAAGGAUUUUUGAAUGCUCGGUUUGUAAAAAGUCGUAUGCCCGCAAGAAAACGCUGAAGGAACAUAUGCGUAUUCAUAAUAAUGACAGGCGGUUCGCUUGUGCGGUCUGUGGACAGGCGUUUGUACAGAAGUGCAGUCUCAAGGGUCAUGUUAAGACGCACCAUGCGGAGUAUGCCCUUUUUAACAGCGUAUAAAACGGUUCGCGUCGAAAUCUACGUCUUUUAAUAUGCGGGGCACCGGUCUGCCCGCGAAAUUCAAAUUUAAUUUGGUUUUUCGCAAUUUGUAAACUUAUACGACAACGUAGGCUUAUGGCAUUCUAAAAGCACCAAUGGCAGUACGUACGUUUUGGCGGCCACUUUGAAUAAUAUUUGUACGAAUACGAAUGAGUCCACAAACUAGGUCAAUGACGUAGAUUCUAAUGUCUUUCUUUAGAAACUAAAUUUAGAGUAUCUCUUUUUCUUUUAAAUAUUGCUAAAAAGGGAUAGAAAAUGAAUUUUACUAAAAUUUUAGUGGUAUUGUACAAAAACCUAUGCCAAAUCAAGACUGGAACCUCGUGAAGUAUGUCUGUCCUUUUCCUAUUACAUUGGUAAGAAAAAGAUGAGAAUAUUCUAUUUAGUACCUAGCCAUCAAAAUCAGUACCAAUGACGCACCUAAAGAAAAUGUUGAUAAUAAUUGUUAAUUUACAGUGAAUAAAAUAUUGAAAAUAUAAUUAUUUUUACACCCUAAUCUACUGUAAAAUUCACAAAGCGUAUUAGAACGUAGGAAUAUUCCGUUUUUCCUUAGAGACUUUGCUUAAAACAUAAGCAAAUCGCAAAAACCUCGGAGAAACGCGUAACUGACGUGCCCGGCUCUUUAGACCUUAUAGUUUGGUUUUAACUGAAAUUUUCAUUGCCAGUUCGUGGUAUCGUGCAAAAUGACCCAAGUACGGAACCCUCGGUGCGCGAGUCUGAUUCGAACUUGGCCGGUUUUAUUAUUCUGUGCUCCUACUGUACACGGAAACGUAAAUAACUACGCAGCCGGGGUAUUACCUGCGCUUACCGCCAUGUUCAAUUGGAACAACUCAAAACCAGGGUCCAGAAACUAGAUUUUGGCCUAUUUUCUUUAGGUACCUACAGUAAUUCAACAAGCAAAGCCGGGGCGGUUCAGCUAGUUCCCUUUUGAACUGCGCAAUAUAAUAUAUUGCAAGUCUUAAUAUAUGGAUGACCCUGGACGGGUCUUGACAGACAACAAACAACGAAGUAAAUUCGAUCUCAUCCCUAAGGGUUCCUUUUAUUCUCUGGAGAUACAGAACCCUAAAAAGAGUUGCAGCCCGCAAACCGCAACCACACACAUAUAAAUAACCACAGAAGUUGUUCAGAAUGACCAUCCUGUGUACAAAUCUGAAGGAGUUUUAAUAAAAAUAAUACACAAAUUGUGACGGAAGUAAUAUUUAUUUCUCAAAAUAAGAGAUGACAAAGUUAACUAUCAUACCUAUAAUCUUUUACAAAUAACGAAAAAAUAUGGCGGGAAUUUUGAACAUCAUAAUAUAAUUGAUAGGAGUUUUUUUAGUAAGAUAAACCUACAUAGGUACUUACAUUGAUAGGUAUUUCGAAGGAAAACGUCUUUCUCAGCAUAAAAAUUAAUAAAUUACAAAAUUUUAGAUUUACUAAUUAAACUUAAAACUAUAACUACAUUUUUACAUAAAAUCUAGAAAAGACCUAAAUUACUAAAUCGGCCUUUCCACUUUCGCAUUCUGUGGUAAAAAAUUAAAAUUAAAAAAAAAGGUAUUUGUACUGAUAAAAAAAAACUUGUCUAUUUAAUUUAUUUCUACAGCGAGUUUGUAAUUUGAAAAUAGAAUGUCCUAACAAUGACUAAAGCACGAAGAAACUUUUAAUUUUGUAGCUCCAUUAAUUUGAAUAAAUCCAACAAUUUCUAUGAAUAAAAUGCUUUAUUUCAAUGAUAAAGGUGUGCAUUACUUACUUUGUUUUUUUUUUUUUUAACUACACAUUACUUUAACAUUUCUAUGGUUAACUUUUUAGAGAAAAACAAUAAAUAAAAAUUAAAAAAAAAAACGAUUUAUUUUUAAAA